GCAGGAGUUUGCACUGGAUGCCUUUACAAAGCUGCAUAGUCUGGUAAUAAUAAUAGUAAUAAUAAUAGUAAUAAUAAAGCCUCCUGGCUGGUGGAUGGGAUGGAGUCGUCGGAUUGAGAGCAGCAUUUAUGGACGUGCAAAUUGCUCUGAGGUGAUCACAAACUUUCUGCUUUGCAGCGUGGGCUGAGGGAGCAGGAGCCAGCCCGAGCUGGGAUCCCGCACAUCGCAGGAGGGUUUUGUUCCUCUGUGCCAAACCCGGGACCCCCUCAGGAACCUGCCUCAAAAACCGAGCCACCAAAACCUCCACACGCACCCGGCUUCUCCAUGGACUCGCCAUGAAUCUAUUUUUCGUUUUUUUUGACAGAAACGUGCGCGUAACUUUCUCUGGAGGAACUGAGGAAUUUUUUAGUUGUUCUCGUAGCGUUUUAAAGCUGAGAACGCAGUAGAGUCUUUCCCGCAGGGAUGAGGGAGUGACAAGCUGAAGUUCCUGCCAGCGCCCCUGGACACUGUGAGCCCUAACACCCACAGCUGAGCCCUGGACAGCGCUGGGGCCGAGCUCCUGCCCUGCUGACAGGGAUGAAGGCAGAGCCAUGUUCCCUGCUACCUGAGCUGCCUGCUGCUGCUGCAGCUCGUGGAUAUGGUGCCAGCCCUGGCUCUGUGCACAGACUCUCAGCUCUGAGGAUUUAGGGGCAGCAGAGCCCCCAGCUGUGGAGCACGCUCCCCCAGCCACCCCAGCACGGAGGGGCUGCAGCUCUGGAGAGUUACUAUGCAGCUUGGACUGCUUGUGGUGGUGGUUUUUCUGAGCUCCAUGGAUCCAACAGGCAGCAGCAAGGUGGUGAAGGGCAAGAGGCAAAGACGAAAAUGCAAAAUUGAGAACUGUGAGUCGUGUUUCAGUCGAAACUUUUGCACAAAAUGUAAGGAAGGUUUGUAUUUGCACAAAGGGAGAUGUUACGUGACGUGCCCCGAAGGCUACGCUGCUGCCAACGGCACCAUGGAGUGCAGCAGUCCUGCACAAUGUGAAAUGAGUGAGUGGGGUCCGUGGGGCCCCUGCUCCAAGAAGAGGAAGCUCUGUGGCUUCAAGAAGGGCAACGAGGACCGGACACGGCGGAUCUUGCAGGCGCCCUCUGGGGACGUGUCCCUGUGCCCGGCCACCACGGAGGUGCGGCGCUGCACGGUGCAGAAGAGCCAGUGCCCCGAAGGGAAAAGGAAGAAAAAGGAAGAGCAAGGAAAGCAAGAUAAUGGGAACAGAAAUAGGAAAGACACCAAAGACACAAAGUCUGGCACCAAGAAGAGGAAGAACAAACAGAGAGGGGCCACGGUGCCCUCAACGCCCGCCAGCCCUGCCCAGUAGCUGGCAGCGUGUCAUGGAUGGCAAGACUCCAUUGCUGCUAUGUAUAUGAAAGCUUUAUUGAACAGAGCACUGCUACAUCAUGUAACGUGUCCAGAGACAGACAUAUACUCCAGACUGACCCAUGGACUGACAGAGGCCACACACACACCCUGAAGGAGGCUGCACACACACACACCCUGCCCAGGGCUGUGGGAGAACGCUGCUGAGGAGUGGGAGCAAAGCCACAGCAUCCCCAGGGCUCUGUGGGGACACUGCAGGGAGGAGAGGUGGAGCAUGAGCCACUGAAGGACCCAGACAUGGGAUUGAUUUCAUAAUCAAGGCCUCAAAUGGAGCCCAGGCACACAGCCCUACUCAGCCAGGGGAUGAGACUGAACCCCCCAGACACACACAACAGGGGCCUCUUUCUCUUCCCUCACCCCUUAUUUUGUGUUUUAAGCUGUAUGACUUUAUCAUUGCAAAUAUGUGUUUGUGGUAAGAGGUCAGUGGCAUCUGCCCUGAAUCUGCUUUAAAGAAUUAUUUCAAAUUAAAAAAAACAAAACCCAAAAUCCAAAUGACAACCAGCUUCCUGAGUGUGUGGUUCAUACCUUGGCCCCUAUGGAGGCUGGUGUCCCACAGGACAGAGACUCACUUGUGGAAGGGAAACUCACCAAAGCUUUAAGAAAAUCCCAGGAAAUGCUGCCAGCACAAAUCAGCCGUCUUGCAAGAGGGACCUGAGCCCCGAGGAGCUCCCCACUGAAGGAUCCACUUAACACACAGCAGAUUGAGAAAAUGAGAGGUUCCAACAAACCACAGGUUGCUGAAACAUUUUUUUAAUGCAUACAGACUGUGACUGGGGUCUGCUCCAGCAGCCAUGGGCAGUGGAUCCAUACAUGUGCAUUUUUUUACCUCCUUUUUAUCUGCAGUGCAGCUUUCCAUUACACAUUCUGCACUUGUUUCAUACUCACACAAUUCCUGUAGAAAUCAAUGGAAGUCCUAUGUGCAGAAAGGCACAUUGUGUAGAAAAGCACACUGGGACUCUGCUUGGCCAGUCCCAGCUGUGGGACAAUCCAGGGCUGGGGACAGCUGGUGCCACCACUCCAGUGUGUGGCACGAGGGAGGGGAAGGCACAGCUCAGGUCCUGCAGGAGAGAAAAACAAAUUUUUGAAUUGGGUAGAAACUACCUGUGUGCUGGAAUUCCCUGGAUUCUCCUGCUCUGCCAGAGCUGCCAGCUGAGCAGAGGAACUGGGACAAGCACUGGUGAGCCCUGCGUGGCUUUGCUGCUUGCUCUGCUCAGGGCAGGGUCACAGGGGGGCUCCCCAUCACUGCCCUGGGGUUUUAAAAUGUGAUUUCUCUGUAUAAAUACGUAGAGACACAUUUCAUUUCUCUAGAGUUCAGCAGAAGCUCUCUCCUCCCAAGGGAUGUGCUCACAGGGUGGAUCGGGGAUGUGCUGUUGGGAGCUCCACUCCCCUGGUAGGGCAAGGAGCAGGGGAAACUCACCCAGACUAACCCUGGUGAAUCCAAUCUUGGCUGUACUGCUUCCAUAGCACCAGAGGGGCAGGGGAAACUCACCCAGACUAACCCUGGUAAAUCUGUAGCCCUGAUGGAAGCUGUACUGCUUCCAUCCCAUCUCUGCUCUGUGGCUUGGAGUCAACAGGUGUGCAGGAGAGAGCUCCUGUCCCUCUGAGGGUCACCAGCCCUGGUUCUCUCCUGGUGCCCACUGAGCACUCAGCUCUAGCCAGGACACCCCAACUCCCUUCACCCCAGGGCUGCCUUGGCUCGGGGCAGGACGUGGAGGCUGCACAUUGUUUGGGCUCCAGAGCUGUACCAAGCUCUCCCUGACUGCUCUGCUGGCAGAAAAACCUUUCAGCCUCUCGUCCACUUUGUGUUUAAGUAAACAAGAAGCUGUUCCAUCUUUGAAAGGGGAUUCCAUUUCAGCACAAUGAUAAACGACCAGCAUACCAAGCAGGGGGGAGAAAGAGGUUCUUAAAAGUCAUCCUUUAAGUUGUUUAUGGAUCAUGUUCAUAUGAUUUCUGAAAGCUUCCCAGCUCAAUGAUCCAACCUUGCUCUAUUUUCUAGCCUGUGAGAGAAGUAUUUUUGCUUGUCAGCAGAACCAUUUUCCCUUCCAGUUUUAGCAGCACCCACUGGUGAAGCUCAGCUCCCUCCUGGAGCCACGUCCCCAGCGAGCUCUCAGUGAGGAUUAAGGAAAAGAAAAUGCAUUAGGAAAGUUUCCUACAUGAGGCUCUGGUAAUGACUUGAUUCCCUACAGUAACUCCUGGCACUAUUAGCACAACUAUUUCAAAACUAAACUGCAUGUAAUAAAUCAACAGAACCUAUUUUAGAGAACUCUAGGGAUUAUUAGAAAAUCUGACAAACUUCUUUCUGUUGUAGCCUUUCCCCUACUUUCUUCCUUUUUUCAGAGCAAAAUGGGAAGAAAAAGGGACAAAGGCAACAGGAAGUUUAAGAUGCAUAUUACGAAUAUCCAAGAUUUUUCCGUAGGGGUGAUUUUAAAAUUAAAUUGUUUUAGAACAAUUAGGAGAAAAAAUAUAAAAAAAUAAAUCCAAUUUAUUUUCUUCUUUUUUUUUUUUUUUGAGUCAGCUCAAGAAUUGUGCUUAUUCCCACUCCCAGAGAGCUGGUUCAGUUAUGAAUUUAGGAACAUUUUGCCUUUGACCAACAUGAACUGCACACUGAGCUCCCCAGUCCAAGCUGAGAUGUCCUUAGCUGGGUGAUGUCACCUCAACUCACACACAUGUGAAUGCUCUCUUUCCAUGCACUAAAUGACCCUGUUGUGGUGUUGUCUCCUUGGCAUCACUGUAAAAUACAUGUCUUUAAACAAAUAAAUCAAUAAAUGGGUUU